AUAGGUUUAGAUGCUUUGAUCAACAACGCGGGCGUUUGUGUGAUGGGAGAGUUUGAUUGGUUGUCGUGGGAUCAGAUCCAGAGGCAGAUUGACAUCAAUUUAUUGGGAACUAUGCGAGUGAUCAAAACACUGUUGCCAUUAAUUAUCCAAAGCAAAGGUAGAGUAAUAAACGUGAGUUCAGUGAAUGGGAACUGUGCCUAUCCGGGCAUUAGUGUCUAUUGUGCCACGAAGUACGCCAUCGAAGGCCUGUCCGACGCGUUGCGGUUAGAGUUGUGCAAAUUUGGUGUGAAAGUGAUCGUGGUCAGACCAGGAGACUAUGCUAAGCUCACGAAUCUCAUGGCCGGCCAUUCGGCAAACGCCGACCAAAUGUGGCGUUUAAUGGACGACCAGAAGCGUCAACUCUACGGUCAAUACUUUCACGACUAUCACCAAAGCGUUGAGCUUAAUAGCGGUCUAACGAGUCCCGUGUCGUAUACGGCGUCCACUUUGUGUCAAGACUUUGAGGAAGCGGUUCUGGCGGUGGACCCGCGCCCGUACAUCACCAGCGCGUCACUACUGUUUCGAUUUUGUAUUCAAUUGAUUCAAACAAAAGACGUUAAGAUGUCAGCGGAUACAGUGGAAAGCGGUUCCUAUGAGUUCGCUCUCAUUUUGGACAAAAUGUUGGCCACCGACUCGAAGAACCUGGUCUUCUCGCCCUUCUCACUGCUCACCGCAAUGUCGAUGACACUAAUGGGCGCCCGAAACACGUGCGGCGAUGAACUGUCACAAGUGCUGUUCGGCAAGAAGAUCGACGGCAAUCAGUACCCAGCGUUGGCCAAAGACUACCAGAGGCUCGUCGACAGUAUCUUCAAAUCCAAUGCCCAAGUGUUGAGUUCUGCCAACUUCUUGUACGCACACAAACAGUACCCGAUUCUCAAGGAAUACCAACAUCUAAUCGAGCAGUCGUUUGGCGCUAAAUCACGUGAAGUGGACUUUGAACAACACGGCAAAGAAGCUGUGGACACAAUUAACGGUGACAUCAAUGCCGCCACUCGCGGCAAAAUACGCAAACUCUUCGACGACAUCGACCCGACAACCAAAAUGGUUUUGGCGAACGCCCUUUAUUUCAAAGGCCUCUGGAAGACGAAGUUCAAGAAAGAGAACACUAAGAGCCGGAAGUUUACCACAAGUAAGAAGAAGGAGAUAGAUGUGGACUUUAUGCAUCAGGUGCUUAAGGUUCCCUUUGGCUACAGCGAUGAGCUUAAGGCCUCUGCCAUUGAAUUGUCAUACGAUAAGAGCAAUGUUGUGCUCGUUAUUGUGUUACCCGAAGCAACCACUUCUCUGCCCGAACUGAAGGCACAUCUCAAUGGCCAGACACUCGACCAGUUCCUCAAACAGUUGUCUCCGACCAAAAUCGACAUUUAUUUGCCUAAAUUCAAGUUAGACUCCACUUUGCCGUUGAUUCCUAUUCUAUCGCAAAUGGGAAUCAAACAGAUCUUUGACGCAAAAAUGGCCAACUUUUCCGGUAUUACUAACGAUCCGAUCGGUCUAUACGUCGGCGAAGUCUUACAGAAGGCAGUCAUCGAAGUGAAUGAAGACGGAACAGAGGCCGCCGCAGCCACAGGUAAUUCUCUCUCUCUCUCUCUC